UAUCGUGGUUAUGAUCUAAGUACUAUAUAAGCCUUUCAGCCUCAGUGACUCUUGUCAUCCUUGCUCGGGCUAUAGAACUUUCUGCUGCGACCUGUGACUACUCAGACAAUGCAGACGCAACUCGAUCUCGACCCCACACUAGGGAGUCUAUUCAUCGCGGGAUUCUUCUCUACAAUACUCUAUGGUGCAUCAUGUGCCCAGUUCAUGUUCUACACUCGUCAUUAUUUUCAUCAUGACAAAUCACUCGUGAAGGGUCUUGUUUUCUUGAUAUGGAUACUUGACACUGUUACUACUGUCUCGGAAUUAUACAUAUUUUGGUGCUUUGCCAUACGAGGCCAUGCCAACUGGUUCGACCUUCUCACAUUCUCGAAGCUAUACGAACUGGAUUAUGCAACUAUCUCUGUCACCACUUGUGUCGUGCAGAUCUUCUAUAUCCAUGGAAUCUGGCAACUGUCCGAGACAUCAUCUCGCAAAUAUAAAUUGGCAAUCAGUGCACUUCCAAUGGUGUUGUCCAUUAUAUGUCUUGCUCUCGGAUUCGCGGCUAUAUAUGACACUGCUGCAUCCGAUUGGAUUAUCACCAGGUCCCUUGGCGCAGUGAGAGUACCGCUGACCAUCCGGGUCUGUGCCGCCGCGGUCGUAGACGUAUACAUCUCUAUCGCCAUCUCUUGGGUGCUGCGUAUGAGGAAGACUGGAUUCAGACGGUGCAGUGCUUCUUCCCCCCAUUCUCUUCGACUUUAGCUGAUAGGAAGCACCGUGAAUCUAGAACGGAUAGUAUGAUCAAUACACUGACCGUGUAUAUAAUCAACAGGGGGUUUCUCACGGCGUGAGUGCUUCUGGUACUGUUGAAGGUUUCCUCGAUGCGUACUGUUAUGUCAGCGUGCUGCAGGUUGUAUUCCUCGGAAUGUAUCUGGGCUCCAUCAACCAAACCAAGUUAAUAUGG